GUGAACCGGAAGUCGGCCGCGGGCUCCGCCUGUCGCGCCGGAGGAGGCACUCUCGGACGGCCCACGGAGCUGUAGCUGACCUACGAGUCUUCCUUGCCGACAUUAUGCUCCAGUUCCUGCUUGGAUUUACUCUUGGCAACGUGGUGGGAAUGUAUCUGGCUCAGAAUUAUGACAUACCAAACCUGGCUAAAAAACUUGAAGAAAUUAAAAAGGACGUGGAUGCCAAGAAGAAACCCCCUAGUUCAUGAGGCCAACUCCAGCACUGCCUCCUGGAUAAACUGAUUCUACUGUUCUUGAGGGCCUCCUUUACCAUCUGAACCAAAAGCUUUUGUUUUCAUCUCCAGCCUCAGCAGUUUUCUUCUUUGCUAGACCCUGCAUUGCCUUACAGCACAAAUGGGGCCACAAGUUAAGAACAGCCCUUACUUUUCCAACAUCCUCACUUCUUCCCUUCCUCCUUCCAGCCACUUGGGAGGUCCUGAGAAUGGAAUUGUGGUGCUAGAUUAGUAAACGUAACCUUUAAUUAGUAGUCUCUCCCUUAUUCUUUGGGAUUUCUACUACCGUUUUCAAAAGAAAAAUUGAUGAGUUUUGUAUAGCUGAUGAGAUAUAAAUAAUGCUGAUUUCACAGUCUAGAAAUUAUAUUGGGUGUUUAAACCUUUGGUACUAAAUUAUGUUGUUUCAAAAUAGUAAUUAAAAUGAAAAUCUAGAAGCCAGUUUCUGGUGAGUUAUCCACUAAUUUUAUGUUGUUGUCAGGAAGCUCCAUAGUUGCUAAUUUAACCAAUAAAUCAAUUUGCUAUUCAUUAACCAAGAAACUCUGUUUUGAGAACCCUGUCAGGAACUGGGGAAUUGAAAAGUAUUUAAAGUAAUGGCCUUUGUCCUCAGUAGAAUUCAUAGUCUAGUAUGCAUGUUUUUUCCUAACGAUGCAUUUGAUCUGGCUCUGUUUUCUCAUAAGAAUCAUACUUAUUUUAUGGGAUUACAGGCACAUUUGACAUUACAUGGUAGAUAAAUGAGAAGUUGUCUAUAAAGGAAAUUUUAUGCCUUUUUACAUUAAAAAAAUGUAUUUAAAUUAUAACUUUAUAGUGAUUCUCAUAAGAAGACUUUUUGUGUUUUUCUUUCUGCAACCAUAAAUUACUCUUGUAAUUUUUCAAGUGUAUAAUCAGUCCAUAAUUUUUUUUAAUUGAUAAAAAAGUUUAAAUACCUGACUUUUCCCCUGGGUCAGUACAAAGUGAUCUGCAUUGUCCCUCAGCUCCUAGUUCCUCUCCCUGGAGUCAGGCACUCGCUAGUUCCCUGUAUCCUUUUGCGAAAGAUUUUGUGCCUGAACAAACACAUGUACAUGGGGGUUUUUAUACAAAUGAUAACAAACUAUAUACAGUGUUUUCCCCAGUGGAGGUCAUUCCAUAUCAGUAGGUAAGGAACAAAGAAACUCUUUCCUUUUUUUGGCUACAUAAGGUUCUACUGAAUGAAUAUACCAUAAUUUUAUUUAAUCUGCUCCUGAGGAACAUUUAGGUUGUUUCCUAUCUGUUGCUAUUACAGUGAUAACCUUGAACCUAAUGUUAUUAUACAUAUCUGUGCGGGGGGAUAGCUCCAAGCUAAAGUCCUGGAAGUGUAUUUUGCACUAAAUAUAAAUAAAGGCCCAUUUCACUGGGUGUUUGGUUCCAGAGGGCUUGUUGGGCAGCUUCACUGAUGAUGCCAUUUCUGAAGACAUUUUAGCAGAAUUAGUAAACUGGAAGAAUGGUUUAGAGACUGUUAUUUUCAGACAGUGAUGCCACUGAUACUAAAUGUGAUUAUAAAAUAAAGUGAUUCUGCUUCUCUUUGGAAACAUGGAUCUUUCAUACAUGGAGAUAAGUUUUGUCCCUGCAGGUUGUACUGGUGCGUGAGACAGGUUAGGAUCAUAUUAUGGUUGGCUUCUCCCUUGCAGUGUGAUCAGGGGCAAGCAGCUUAUUUUUCUGAAACUGUUGUGUUCUCUGUAAGAUGUGGAUACAAUACCUACCUCAUAGGGCUUCCAUGAGAAACAGUAGAAAUAAUGUAUGUGAUGUGUAGCACAGUGCUUUGCAAAUUGUCCAAUAAAUAGUAGAUAUUUGUCCAAACAUGUUGCUUUUGGUCAGAAUACUUUUGUUUUUCUGCACUCACCUUUGGAGCCAGUUUAUGAACUGUGCAAAACUUGUCAUUAUUCUAUGGUCACUCUCUUUGUUGAUGAAAAUCUGUAGUAUGCACCUUGAUCAUACCACCUGGCUUACAAGGUUUGAUCUUGAACGACCAAAUCCUCGAAGGCUAGAGGUUUACCAUCCUUGAGGGUAUUCAAAAUGCCACAAGCUUGGGAA